CUGCGGCCACGUGAGAACAUCAGUCUAGCGGAGAUCAAUUCUAUUUUCAUACGUUUCCGAGCUCGCAACGGUUUGCGAUCGUUGUUGACAUUUGAAGACAAUUCAAAGCUGCGAAAUGAUCCGUUCUCAGCCCGACUGGAAACCCAUUGCAUUGGACCACGAGCGACCAGUCAAACGCCCCCGCACCGAGCCAAGUAUACUCGCAUCACUCGCAGUGGGCCUGAAAAACCAAACUCACGCUGUCGUCGUGACUCUGGAUGAGGCCAAUUCGGAUUCGUUGCCCUACGGUGUGAAGAAAAUUAUACCCAUCGCCACGCACAUCGGCAUGGCUACGUCCGGUGUCACCGCCGAUGCCAGUACGAUUAGCCAAGACAUGAGAAGAGAAUGUUUGCAUUAUCAAUUGAACCGACAUAGUAAAAUCCCCGUGACGACUCUCAUCGAAAGUAUCACGAGCAAAAUGGAUGCAUGCGCUCGAUGGGACACCAAGAGGCCGUACGGAAUUGGAUCGUUGGUAGCUGGUUACGACGAUCAAGGACCUCACCUAUUCGAAACGUGUCCGUCGGCGGGAUGCUCCGAUGGCAGAGCAAUGGCUACGGGCGAGGAGUCUCGGGACGCCCGAACUUAUCUGGAAAAACAUCUCGACGAAUUCGCGAGUUGCAAAGUGGAGGAUCUAGUGAGACACGGUUUGAGAUCGGCGCGCGACACUCUGCCCAGUGUGGUUCAUUUAUCUACCAAGAACAUCUCUAUCGGAAUCGUCGGCAAAGAUACGGAUUUCAGAAUCUUGGACGAUGCAGAAACUCAACGUUACCUCGUCGAGGUGUAAACUGAGGAUCACAUAACAAUAAUUAUUUUUAAGUACUUAUCACAUAAUUAGACUAAUUAUACUUUGAAAUAAUCUUACUCGUAAAGACAUUAAAAAAUACGUUGCUUACAAA